UGAGAAAAUGGAUAAUCUUUUUUUUAAAAACAAGUAAAUAGUUUUAUGAUAUUCUUUUUUUAAAAAAAAGAAAUUAGAAUGGAAGUUGGCUUAACUUCUAGAAGAAAGUAUUAGUAAUUAUAUUAUUAUAUGAUGUUUGUAUGAUAAAGGCGGAAAUUACGUCACAAAGUCAAGUGAGUGUCUGUGUUUCGAACCAAAUAAGACAUAUUAAAAAAAAAAAUUAUGAUAAACAUGAGUCAUUAUAAAUGGCCUCUCAGAAACAAAAAAAAGAAACUUCUGAGGAAUAUCAACAGUACGUUAAAAAUCUAUACGAGUGGGAAAAGAAAAUAAAAGAACAAGAAAAAAACCUUUCUAAAGACGAUUCUUUAACAACAUCGACUUAUCCUUCAAUCAGACCUGCUGGUGAAAUAUUGUUUGGCGCAGCAAAAAAACCUACAAUAGUACCCGUGUUACCCGAGAAGAAUUCAAAAGUAACUAAGUCUGAAACAAAGGAUACUAGUAAAGAGAAAUCUAAAAGAAUAAAAGCUUUUGAUUAUAAAUCUUGGGAUAAGUUUGAUGUUGAUAAAGCUUUAGAGGAAUCGGACGAAGAAAUUCCUAUUAAAGCUAAAUCGGUUGUGAAAUCUGAUAAAGAUCAACAACAGACAAAACCCGCACCGAUCACUUCAACACCAUUUAAUAAACCUACAUCGAUGUCGAAACAACGUCAACCAGAUCGUAAAGGAAAGAAGACUGUUAGAUUGGAACAGGCUUUUCAGGAGAAAGAGACGGGGAACGCGUUCUUUAAAAAUGGAAACUAUACGAUGGCGAUUGUUCAUUAUGGUAAAGCUAUGGAAUUGGAUCCUAAAGAGGCGGUUUAUGUCAUCAAUCGGGCAAUGGCUUAUCUGAAGCUGAAGAAAUGGGAAAAUGCAGAAAGUGAUUGUACUAGCGGGUUAAGAUUACAUCCAGAUAAUCCUAAAGCUCUUUGGAGAAGAGGUAUUGCGAGGAGAGAGUUGGGUAAAUUAGAAGAAGCCAAAAAUGAUCUUCAGGUUGCAUUACGUUUAGAGCCUAACGAUAAGGCAGUAAAAGAAGAAUUAGAUAAAGUAUUAAAAGCUAUCGAAUUGGCCACCCCAACGAAAAAAGAUACAGCUCAAACUAUUGAGGUUCCUGCUCCUCGACGUCGAUUGUCUAUUGAAGAAGUUAACUUCGAUGAGGACGAGAUAGAGAAAACUGAUACAAAGAAAGACAACGAGAAUAUACCAAUCAAAAAUCCAAUAGUUCUCUCAGAAAAGUCCGCUCCUAAGGCUCCAAUAAAUGUAAUUGAAUUUGAGCGUGAUUGGGGAAUUCAACGAAGUGACGAGGAUUUAUAUCAUUAUAUAAAGGUUAUCCCACCUUCUUCUUAUUCAAAUCUUUUGUCUAAUCUUCUUGAUGCUGAUUAUAUAUCUCGAAUUUUGGUUAUUCUGAAAGAUUUCUAUUUGUUGCAUGAUACGGUCGAAGAUAUUUAUAACGUUCUUUAUAAUUUAAGCUGUGUUAAGAGAUCUAAUUUAGUAAUAGGCCUUCUUGGAAAAGAGGAUAAAAAAGUUUUGGAAGUAUUGUUCAAAGCUUUAACCGAAUCAUUCAAGGACACUCAAAAUGGUGUCAGUAAAGUGACACGGGAGAAUGUUUUAAAAUUGGCUGAGGUCUAUCAUGUUCAAGAUUUAGAAUGAUAAUUUACCAGUGGUAUUUGCUAGUACACUUAUUAAAAAAAUUUUGUAAUCAAUAAAAAAUCAAUGAUCAUGGAACUGUGUAUUAAUUAAUAAAUGGUUUUUUUGUAUUUAGGUACUAUAAAUUCAUAUUUUGUUUUUUUAAAUUAAUACCUGUCACAGUUACAAUAAGUUGCUUUUAUAUAUCAAUGGUAUUGACAAAUGAUUUAUGUCUGCCAAGAUUAACACUCUAGAAACAUAAAUGCUUUGUAAAAGUAGUAAAUAUUUAUGCAUAUCAGCAUAUUUGCGUAAUCACACGUCAGCCGAACAUAGUAAAUUAAUUAGAGAA